AUGGAUGAUCUACAUGAUCUGAUCCAAGAAGCAAAGCUUCGAACAGUUUGGUGGAUUCUCUGCAUAUUCAUCGUCACUUACUUCUUAACUCAUACUAGCAAAUUAAUGCUGAUGAAUAUUCCCAUAGCCAUACUCUUGGUUUCUGGACUAAGAAUAUUGCUUAAUGAGGUAGAACUGAAGUGGAAGAAACGAAACACCAGACCGAUAUCGUACUUGUCAUACUUGGAAAAGAAACAAUUAUCCUUGAGCGAUGCUCGAGUUUCGUCCUUGAAAUCCGCGCAAGAGUGGAAGAAGAAAAUAGAUUCUCCUAUUGUAGAGGCAGCCAUCGAGGAAUUCCUCAGCAAAAUCUUGCAUGAUUUUGUCACGGACUUGUGGUAUUCGGAUAUAACGCCUGACAAAGACGCGCCAGAACUCAUACACGAUAUAGUCAUGGAUGCUAUCGGUGAAGUAUCUUUACGAAUCAAAGAAUUAAACCUCGUUGACCUGUUGCUAAGUGAUGUGGUUGACAUGAUCGGUGACCAUCUUGACCUCUUCAGAAAAAAUCAGGCUUCUAUAGGAACAGAUAUUAUGGGUACAUUGUCUUCAGAAGAACGUGAUGAAAGGUUGAAACAACAUCUCAUGGCCUCUAAGGAACUUCACCCUGCAUUGAUAUCUUCAGAGUGUGAGUACAAGGUAAUUCAACAGCUCAUGGAUGGAUUUUUAGCUAUAAUAUUAAGACCAAAUGAAGCUAAAUGCCCUUUAGUUCGAUGCAUAGCACGCGAACUCGCAACUUGCUUGGUGAUGCAACCUAUUAUGAAUUUUGCUAGCCCAAUAUAUAUUAAUGAGUUGAUUGAGUACAUAAUCCUUGUCUAUGGUAAUGGGUGGUUCAAGGAUUUUUCAGCCCAACAUUCAACUAAUGUUGACGGUCAUAAUACCAAUCACAUAAUUUCUGCAAAACAUGGUUCCAACCACCAAGGUGCUGACAUGUUGUCUUCAUCUCAAGCCAACAACUCUAGGGAGUCAGAGUUGGGUGAAUCUCCAAAUCUUUCACAUAAUACAACGAAUGAUGAGUCUUUGCAUCCACGACAUGCUGACUGGGCAAAAGUGUGUGAGGCAGUGACUUUGAGGAGAGAAGAAGUGCUUAUGCCUGAAAAUCUUGAAAACAUGUGGGCCAUAGGAAGAGACUAUAAAAAGAUAUUCCAAAAGAAGUCGGCUUCACAGUUUCAAGACCAUGAAGUUAUGAGCACAGAAAGUAUGCAAUCUUCUAGAAUAGAUUUGACGAGUGAAAUACCAAAAUUGGAGCCUUCAACAUCUAUCUGGGGAGAAGAUAAACUUUCUAAGAAAACAACACCCUGCAUCGAUCAGGGUAAUUGUUCAACUGAUAUCCAUGUUGAUGCCUUAAGCAUAAGUGCGCCUCAAGACAGGGGCUCUACUAAUCAUGGACUAGAAAAUACUGAAAACGAAGACCAUAUGUUUAUUAGAAAAGGAAUUGUACCCCCCAUAACUAAAUCCUAUAGUGCAGAUGUUAAUGAGCUUAAUGUCCAUGGCCUAAAGAGCAGUACAGAUAUGCUGUCACACAGUGGAGUUCUGCAUAUUCCAAAGUUGAGAUGCCGAGUUAUUGGAGCAUCCUUUGAGAAACUUUACUCAAAUUCAUUUGCAGUUUAUUCCAUUUGUGUAAUUGAUGCUAACACCUCCUGGUUUGUGAAAAGAAGAUAUCGAAAUUUCGAGAAACUGCAUAGACGUCUUAAAGAUAUACCUAAUUAUUCAUUGCAUUUGCCUCCAAAGAGGAUAUUCUCCUCAAGUACAGAGGAUGCUUUUGUUCAUCAACGUUGUAUACAACUUGACAAGUAUAUGCAAGAUCUUUUGUCGAUUGCUAAUGUUGCUGAGCAACAUGAAGUAUGGGAUUUUUUGAGUGCCUCAUCUAAGAAUUAUUCAGCCGGGACAUCGCCUUCAGUGGUGAAGACUCUGGCAGUUCAUGUGGAUAAUGCUAUGGAUGAUAUUGUACGCCAGUACAAAGGGGCUUCCAAUGGCCUAUUACGGAUGGUUAGUGGAUUGUCUCAUGAAACGGCUUCUUCAGUUACAAGACAAAAUGUUUCCUGGAAUACAGAUGAUUUAAAUAAAUUGGCCAUGAAGCAAAGUACUUCAAAUGCUUUUAUUAGUUCUUCUGAUAAUGAAGAGGGUGAUAAGGAUAUAAACCAUGGGCAACAUGAUGAAGUGGGAUUUUCAGCUCAACCAAAUGGGUGGAACUUGGACAACGAGUUGAAAGAGGAUCCCACGGGGGUGCCUCCAGAGUGGGCACCGGCAAAUUUGAGUGUGCCAGUUCUGAAUUUAGUCGAUAAAGUUUUUCAGCUCGAAAGAAGAGGUUGGCUGAGGAGACAAGUCUUUUGGAUAUCAAAGCAAAUAUUGCAGCUGGUGAUGGAGGAUGCCAUUGAUGAUUGGCUCUUACGCCAAAUUCAAUGGCUCCGUAGGGAGGAUGUCAUCUCUCAAGGGAUACGUUGGGUCCAGGAUAUUCUAUGGCCUGAUGGAGUUUUCUUUGUAACCUUACGAAUUCAAGGAAAACUGAAAGGUGGUAAUGAAGCUAAUAAAGGGUCAGAAACUUCGAGUCGACAAGGUGGGAGAAGGUUCAAUAAACAAGGAUCUUUCCAGCAACAACUUGAGGCAGCUCGCAGGGCAAGCGACGUAAAAAAUAUGAUCUUCAAUGGUGCUCCAGCCCCACUCGUUAGUUUGAUCGGGCAUAAGCAAUACAAACGUUGUGCUAGAGAUAUAUACUAUUUCCUUCAGUCAACAGUUUGUUUGAAGCAACUUGGCUAUGGAAUAAUGGAACUUGUUCUUCUGUCAAUUUUUCCGGAACUGCGUGAUCUUGUGAGGGAUAUCCAUGAAAAGAUGCAUGUGCAGCCUUCAUAG